AUGUCGACGGGACCAACAGCGCAGGGUGCCGUUGGUGGUGGACUGCUGGAAGAAUGGAUGAAGGCAACACUGAACAAUAGUGGGGGGGCAGGUGGAGUGGCUGCGAGCAAUGGGAAGGAGGCUAUGGCGAAGUUGAAGAAGAGCUUGGUGGAUGCAUUCGAAGAAUUAGGAGAGUGGCUGAUAGAGCAGGAGUCCAAUGAAAUAGGGAAGAUGUGUGAUGAGAAAGGAACAUUUCCAUUAGUGGAUAACGAAAGGCGAAGGUGGCCGAAAGGUGAGCAGACAAGGUGGAGUGGCUACCUGCCCAUAUUAUGUACAGGUGUAGCCGAAAUAAAAUAUUUCAUGGCUGGCGUAAAAACAGAGAGAAAGGGACCAAGUGCCGAUUCGGAUAUUGAAGCAAAGAUUGAACACCUCACCAACGAUAAAGCUUAUGCACGUUGUACCGUUGGUGCAUUGGCCCUAUCUGAACUGUAUGGAGAUCAUUGUCAUUUGGACCAAGUUAUCAAGGACGUAUCGUCUAAGGUGGAACGGAAGUUGCGGGACACGCACAAGGGUGCAUCUGCGAACUUGGAUAAAUGCAAAGAAAUUACGGACACCGCUUUAGUGAUCGGUAGAACACUUCUUCAACAUAAAAUAAAAACUUGGAGAGAUGAAAAUAGGGCUCCUGGGGGAAGGGGGAGUCAAUGGAGAUUAUGGACAUUGUGGGGCAGGAGGAAUCAGCGCUGUAAAUACGGAAGAUCGGAAGAGGGAAGGAGGAAGAAAUAUUUAGAAGAGAAUAAAGCAAGUUUAGUCAAUUUCACUUUGGGGGACACCACUAAAAGUAGUGGUGAUAGUCAAACAUCCACCUUAGAGGACAUCUUAGUGAAUGAGGACUUAACUUUAAAGGAGAGCGACGUAGCGGAUGCACUGAAAGAUGUAAUAGAGACUAGUGGUCAAGUGGACAAUACAAAAUUGACAGCAGCAGUGCAAACGUUGGAGAAGCAAUCUAAGGAAAAAAUGGCUAAGGUAUGCAUGGAAGACAGCAACAACAAGUCAUUCUGUGAGCGCUUGCAAUGUGCAAGAGAUUAUUGGAAAUUGACGGAUGGGAACGGCAAGAGCAACAAGGAUUUCUGGGAAGAAGAAGUCAAGAAGAAGCUGGGAGAACUCUUUACUGAUGCGCCUACUAGUAGUAGUAGCACGACUUCUGACCAUUGCGACAAGGCUCCAGGCUUAGAUAAUGCAAAUAGAGCAGCAUGCAAACUGUUUACUGCUAAAUUAGAACUUGUGUACAAAAAUCAAAGUAGUGGCAAGGACAAAUUUUCUGAUCAAAUUAUACAAUGUCUUUUAUUAAAAGAAUAUGCUAAAAAAUUAAAAGACGAAGCACAAAAAAAAGGGUAUUGUAGCAUAGAUAAUGGUUUGCAGAAAGCUUUUGAAAAAAGUAAGGACUUUAUGCAAAAUGGAACAUCUCAAUGCGGAGCUCCUAAUGACAAUAAAUGUUUUGAAUGUAAAUGGACCGACACCACUAAGGACGAACUUGACAAAUGUCCCAUUAGCAAUGGCCAAAGCACCAAUGGGAACGUAAAGACGAAAGUGGAUGAAUUGCUCAAAGACAACCCCCAAACGAAGGAGGACCAAAUACAACAAACCGUGACUGAUAUGCAUAAUAAAAGUACCUUCUGUGAACGAGUAAAUUGUGCCGUGAAUUGGUAUAAGACCAACGGGGGACACGGGACUGGACAGGAUGGAUUCUGGAACACGGAGAUACAGAAGUUGUGGCAAAAAUUAUCCGACGCCAUGACCACAGAGGGCAAAAAGGAUCAGGGUGGAUGUGAUGAAAUAAAAGAAAAUGGCACCCUCAGACAAGCAACUCCUUCUGAAAAGGCGGCAUGCAAUUUUUUGCAUGCCGGUUUUGAAAAACUGAAGCAACUUUCAGAAUCCGCAGCGUCUAAAAGCGGAAACGGAAAAAUUUUGGAUAAGGACCCACUGUUAAGACAAACAGUGGGUUGUUUACUUCUUAAGGAAUAUGCAAAAAAAAUGAAAAGUACAUCGACUUGUCUUAUCGAAUCAGGAAUAAAAGAAGCUUUUGAGGUUGGUGAUAAAGUUCUUAAGAGUACUUGCAAUGGUGCCAAUAGCAAGGGACCCUGUGUCCCUUGCCAAUGGAAUGAAAAAGACCAUGAAAGUUGCGAAAUUAGCACGAACGUUAAUGGAGGAAAGGAGCCUGUUGAGAACAAAUUGAAGGACAUCGUCAAGGAAGACAGCGAACCAGUAAAGGAAGGAACGAAAGCAGUAAAUAACCUAACAUUGUGCCAACGCUUUCAAUGUGUAUCUGAAAGAUGGUUAAAAGACGUCAGAAAGAAGGGGAAUGGCAAACCCCUAACAAAAGACGACUGGGAUGAUGUAUGGGAAGAAGUCAAAAAGGAAAUACCGAAACUUCGCAGUGCCCUCGGCAGUGCCACAACUACGACGAAUGGAGAUCUAGAUAAACACUGCAACGGGCUCCCCGGAGGGAAAGGGAAGGAGGCUUGCCUCCUUAUAGCAGCAGGAUUAAAAAGCCCCUACAAUAUCGACAACGGCACCGGCACCGGCGGUGCCGUUGACGCAUCGUUCCAGAGAACGAUGCGUUGUGUUCUAUUAAAUGCCGUUGCAGAUAGACUGAUGGGCCUGCGAUGUAAAGAGGAAAGGAGUGUAGUGGAAGGGAUAAAGAAGGCAUUUGAGACGGAGAAUGAAAAUAUUAAGAAUAGCAGUAACGGUUGCAAUACUGAUGAUAAAUGUUUUAAGUGUGAGAGAUUUACGGACUAUAAAAAUUGCACAGUUAGAGAAAAGAGCACCACAUUGGAAGUAACGAUGUUAAAAGACAAAGUAGAUGAAGUGCUCAAUAAGGACGGAAAGGCAGAAAUGGAAAAAAUUGAGGCCCAAGCUAUAAAGGACAUAUGUAAACCAUGUACUGGGGAUAACGGAAAGUCCCUAUGUGAUCAACUUAGUUGUGUAGCAAAGAAAUGGGGAGAAAGGAAUAACAAGUCCUCAAACAGAAACGUUACCUGGGAUGACAUGAAGAGAGACUUUGAAGCAGAAUUAAAUUCACUCCUAAGUGCCGUGAAGACAAAGCAGAACGCUGUUGCCGGCUAUUGCAAGGGCAAUGGUGGCGCCGGCUGGGAAGCCGGCGCUGCAAAAGAAGCUAAUGAAACUGCUUGCAAGCUUGCUGCAGCAGGGCUGCAUCAUAUUUCCACUAUUCAGGAAUCUCACUCCACGAGUCAGUAUAAGCCUCAUGAUCACCAAGAGUUCAAACAAUUCGCCUCUUGCUUAAUGUUAAAGACUUUUGUAAAAGAAAUGAAAAAAAGGAGCCAUAUUUGCGACAUAGAACCCGGCAUAAAGGCCGCAACUCAAGCAUGGAACGAAAUUAAAAAAAAUUGCACAAAGCAACCUUGUAUUGACUGCAAUUUGAAGGACGACGACAUGAAUGAUGACACCUGCACCAUAGGGAAAAAAAAUGUCAAUGUGAAGGAGAAAUUGAAUGACUUACUCGAAGGCAGUAACUAUAGGACCAGCGUCAAUGAAACCCUCUCCGCAAUAACUAAAACAGACCAACCGGGGGCACCACUCUGUAAUCGUCUCGAAUGUUUAGCAUCCCGAGUAAACUCAUCUACUAAUCAGGACAAAUUUUGGAAUGAGGAUGUGAAGAAAUUGUGGGAUGAAUUGUCACAAGCAAUGACGAAGGCAAAUGGCGCAAGCAUAAACGGAGGAUGUAAUAAGAUGGAUGAUAAUGACAGCAGAGAACCCACCACCCCUGAAAGGAAGGCAUGCCAAUAUCUUUCAGCAGGUUUCAACCAACUAAAACUGAGUUCACAUUCCAACGGCAGCAGCUACACCAUUCUGACCAACCCAUCGUUGAGACAAACAGUGGGUUGUUUCCUUCUAAAAGAAUAUGCAAAAAAAAUGAAGGACAAAUCGAAAUGUCUUAUCGAAUCAGGAAUAAAAAAAGCUUUUGGUUCAUGGAAUCCAAUUACUAAUGGACCAUGCACGAACGGUAGUUCGUGCAUUGAAUGUAAAUGGGAUGAUAACGAAUAUGAAAGUUGCAAGGUGAACAUUACCGCAAGUGGCAACCAAACGGAGAAUGCAAAGACCAAAGUUCAAGUCAUGGUGGAGGACAACACCUUAACUACCACCAUGGAACAAGUGAACAAAACCGAGUCUUUAUGUGACAAACUCAAAUGUGCCGCACCGAAUUGGUUCAAAAGGCAGAAGGAAGAUUCAACGAAUAGUGGAAAGACGAAGACUUGGUGUGACUUUUGGGAUAGGGCUGUUAAGGAGGCACUGACGAAGCUGUUCGAAGAAAUCGAGAAGAAUGGAAAGGACAAAUCAAAGCAUACUAAUGGUCCAUGUAAAAAUUUCGGUGAUGGUAAUCCACAUAGUGUUGAAAGAAAAGCAUGUAAUCAUAUCACAGCAGGUUUAGACUACAUUAACCAGAUUUCGAAUGGUGCUACUACAUCCCAGUCUAAUGGUCAAGACAACCAACUGCUCCAUGGAGCAGUUGGUUGUAUUGCUCUUAACAUGUACGCUGAUCAAAUAAUUAAUGAAGCGAAAGAGAAAUGUCCCAUUGAUGAGGAAAAAAUAAAUGAAAUGUUUAAAAAAUGGAAUGAUCAAAAUAAUAAGGGUUCUUCGCCUUCGCCUCUAUGUAAUGGUGGUAAUAAUGGUUGUUUUCAAUGUAAGAGAGAACAAAUUUCUGCUGAUUGCCAGCUGAGCGUCGAAGACGCUCUGGUGGCAACAUCAUCACCAAGUGGACAAAAUUGCCCUAAUGACAACGACAAAAAAGAUGUUAAAAAACAAAUGGACAAUCUCCUCAACAACGAAGACCAAUCCAACCCCAACUCCAUUAACAACACCAUGCAAAAAACAUUCUCCGAAAUCACUAAAAUGGACCACAAUUUCUGUACUCAAGUCCAAUGCGCAAUCAAACAAAAAUUGAAGAUCAAAAAUGGACAGUCAGGUGUAACGACCACACCUAAGUGGGAAAACAUCGAAGAUGACGCCAAAGGCGUAUUAGCGAAACUUCUAGAACAAAUGACGAAACCUACCAAUCAGGAGAAGGUUUCCAUAUACUGCAAUGACACCAACAACAAAUGGGAUAAACUUAGCACUAAAGAAAAACAAACAAAUAGAGCAUCUUGUUUGCUUUUUGCUGCAGGAUUAAAGCACAUUUAUGGCCGUCCUAACGGCCACAAGUUGGGCCCUGUUAAUGGCUCAUCGUUUGAACAAACGAUGGGUUGUUUAUUUCUUAAAGAGUAUGCAAAACAAUUAAAGGACUUGGCAAAAGAGAAGAGAAAAGGACAUAGUUGGGUACAUCCCUAUUGUAGCAUAGAUAAGGGCAUAACACAUGCUUUUAAUAAAAGUAAAAACAUUAUGGAAGACACAUCUCCAUGCAAAAAUAAUAUCAAUUCUUGUUUUGAAUGCAAAUGGGCCAAUAACGAUUAUGGUAAUUGCAAAAUUGGCGAUGACAAAAUAGAGGACGAAGUGAAACCACUACUCCAAUCGAAAGAAACCCAUAUGCAACAAACUUUAGAGAAUACAGUCUGUCCCAUCCUUCUUACGGAUAUCCUUACCCCUUUUCUUCCUUUGGCCCCUGUCUCUAUUGGCCUUUCUGCUAUGGCUUAUUACCUUUGGAAGUAUUUUGGUCCUCUUGGUAAAGGAGGACAACGUUUCCGAAGAUCUCCUGCUGAAAUACGCGGUCCAUCAGUACAGGAACAAGUCCUUGAUCAUGUGCAACAAGAUAGUUCACAUGAAUAUCAAUUGGUGAAGGAACGCAAACCUCGUUCUGCUCCAACAAGAACGAAACGUUCUGGUCGCGCGAAUCGUCGAACGAUUAUUGAAAUUCAUUUUGAAGUGUUGGAUGAAUGUCAAAAAGGGGACACACAAUUGAACCAGAAGGAUUUUCUGGAACUUUUGGUUCGAGAGUUUAUGGGAAGCGAAUUUAUGGAAGAAGAAGAACAGGUUCCUAAGGAAGAGGUUCUUAUGGAAGGGGUUCUUAUGGAAGGGGUUCCUAUGGAAAGUGUUCCAAUGGAACGUGCUCCAAUUUUAGGUUCCGUGUUUAUGGUUUAG